AUGUCAUCUGGCCAGGAAUCCGUUUUCCCCGAGUAUGAGACUGAAACCAGCCAGACGUCGAAGCUGUUAAGAAAAUUUAAAGAGAUGCCAUUUGUACCAAUUGGGAUGGCUGGCUUUGCCGUGGUGGUUGGCUAUGGGCUGUACAGAUUGAAGCACAGAGGUGACAUGAAAAUGUCACUUCACCUGAUUCACAUGCGCGUGGCAGCCCAGGGCUUCGUCGUGGGAGCACUCACGUGUGGUGUGCUGUAUUCGAUGUUUCGGGAGCAUGUGAUGAAGCCGAAGGAGUAGCAGAAAGCUGAUUGAAAUCUCUGUCCUGGUGGUGGCCUGUGUACUGCAUCUACAAACCUCAUAUCAAGGAGUUCUCGAGGGAAAA